AUGACCAGCGAGAAGACUGAGACUCGGCCGAUCUACAAGAUCAAAAAGGUCGAGGGCUACUACCGCUACACGGACAUCUGGUGGAAAUGGCCAGAGUCGCUGCCCGAGGAAGAACGUUGGCAAGCGAUCAAGUGCUUCUUUGCGCACGAUGCACUUGUACACCCCGAACAUCCCUUCAAUCCCGGGCAGGAGGGCGCUGAGCUCUUUAUCGGCGUGUUGAAGACCGGAGAAUCACGGCUUCUCUUCUCCUCCAAGCAGGUAGAGUAUGCGCGCUAUUGGAUCUACGCGAUGGGCCUCACGAAGGACCCCCUUCCCCUACCAUGCUCGGACGUGCUCAUCCUUCCCAACGAACUCAAACAUGUCGGACGGAUGUUCUAUAAGACAGGAAGUGAUCUUCGUGGCGCGCUCAAGGAUCUCGAGAAGCUUAACAAGAAAGUCACUAAGGGCGGCAUGGACUCGAGUCUCGCAAACCGCCGCGUCAUCUUUGAGAACACACGAGCCCUCUGGGCAGAGAAGAAAGGGGCUUGGCUUGCUAUCGACAUCGAAUCUUAUGAGUAUGAACACACGACGUUGACUGAGUUCGGCUGGUCGUUGCAACGAUGGGAGAAUGGCGAGCCAGUUCACGAGGAUGGACAUCUUUGUGUCAAGGAGGACUGGAGAUUGCGGAAUCGCAAAUAUGUACCCGACGCGCGAGAGAAAUACGACUUCGGCGCUAGCCAAAUCUUGUCGAGGGUCGACUUCAGGGCGAAGAUCAGGUCGUUGAUCGACUCUCUACAUCAGUAUGGAGCAGUAUAUCUAGUCUUUCACGACGUCGCCUCGGAUAUACAAUAUCUUACUGAAGGCAAAUACCAAAUUAAUGCGAAUCUCCCGAACAUGUCUCCCAUCCUACCUGACAAGUGCAAGGACGGGCUUUACUGUGUCGACACAUGCGAUCUCUGGGGAGCACUGGAGGGAAUCCCACAGGAUAAGCGCAAACUCGAACGCAUUUGUCAAGAGCUAGGCCUUCACCCGAAGAACAUGCAUAAUGCCGGCAAUGACGCGUACUUUACGCUGGCCGCCCUACGCACAAUGGCUGAAGGUCCUCCCCUUGAUGCCCAGAGGCAGGCGCGAUUCCCGGAUAGAAUCAAAGACCUCACGGUUGUCGAGCGCAACGAGGACGAAGAUGUGCUCGAUGAUCUCGAGUUACCUAUGAUGAAGAAUGUAGUCGCUGUUGGGGAGAACACGUCAAUUAGCAGGACUCCUUAG